GCCUUGCAGCAGAGCUUUGGCAAUGGAGAAUCGCAAUGCCAUCACGAGUGGCCAAAGAGAAAACUUGGGCUUCGCUCUGGAGAAUCCCUUCAGCUUCAAGGUUGGCCAAGUCUUCACGGGUUUUGGCGUGGGAUGCGGGGUUGGUAUCGGCGUCGGUCGCCCUAUAUACUUAGGUGCUAUACCAAUGGUGCAACAAGUCUUGACUGCGACAAGAGGUGCUACAGAUGUUCUCUCCGGUGUCGGAAGACAUGUUAAUGGUUCUCUAAAAAAAUUCGGAGUGAAAAACGUUGAAGCAGGUGUUGGAUGCGGUGUUGGGUUCGGCCAUGGUUUUGGAAUAGGACUUGCCUUGAAGCCUGGAGUUAUUCAGCGGGUUCAAUCUUCCAUUGCUCUAACAAUGGCUAAAAUCAUGAUGCGUUUGGGAAUUGCUCCCAAGAUCCCUUCAAUUCAGAAUAUCAUGCCUGGGUCAUUUCCUAGCAAUAGUUUGUUAAGUGGGGCCUCAGAUAAAAGUGUUAAAUCCUCAAUUGGCAGUGUACUAAAUUUGGGAACAAAAACUACUGGAAGUACACAGCAGCAUUUACUAAGUGAUAGCCCCCACCAGGAAUCUAUAAGUAGUUCUCCUGAAUCAAAAGAAACAUCAAGCCUAUUUGGAAGCAGGUCUGUAAAGGUUAUCAAUGAAUUCUUACAGAAUCCAGUUCUCAACAAGGAAGAAACAGAGGUCAGUGAAUUGGCUGAAAAUCUUCAUGCUCAGAAUAAUGUUCUUCAAAUGUUGCUUAAACAUCAACAAGUGAUCGAACAAUUGAUAGAGGAGAAUCAGAUGCUGCGCCGUGUACUUACUGAAGACUUGCAUGUUCAACCUAGCAAGUUGUGCUCUAGUAGGGAGAUUAAGAAGGGAACAAACUACCAAUGUCCUGACUGUUUUGAAUGCCGCAGAAGAGAAAGAAAAUCAGCAAGGUAAUAGAGUUACACACUGCCCAAAUUUCUUAUUAACCAAAGGUGAGAUCUCUAUCCCACGGCAAGACAAUGAUGAGAAGAAUUAAGAAAACUAUGUCUGAUGUUGUUUGCCCUUACUGAGAUAGUGUGAAGUAGAUUGAUUGCUGAGGUAUAUUUUAUGGUAAAGAGAAUAAGGCCAUUUUCCUCAUUCAAUUUGUCCUGUCUUGCUUUAUUCAAGGAUUUAAAUUUUUUGUUAUUUCCAUUAUGAAAAAAUUAUAGUUAUGUUGCAUAACUGAAACAAUACUUGUACAAAAUACACUUUUGAGUUUUCGAUGGAGAAAUUUUCUGUGGCUGUUUAAAAGAAGUGAUUAGCUGGUUGGUAUUUAUCAACUCCAGGGCUGUGUAUAAGAUCAUAGAAUGUGUUGUCUUGUAUCUUUCAUUUGGUCCAACACAAUUACAACUUGAAAGUAGUCUGCAAACAAACAUAUUCAUGUAUCAUUUUUUAUUUGUUGACCUAGUUUUUUCA